AUGUACGGGAUUCAUCCGAUAAGAGGAUGCUACACCAAUCUGGCCAUUUGUCUUAUUGGAGCUAUCAUCAUAGUACACCCAUCACAUGCCUUCUUUAUUGUACGACAACAACAACAACAACAACAAAAUCGCCAUCCAGAAGAUCCAACAACAGUAAGACUGACUUCAAGUUUUGUGGGCAUGGGCAGAACCGAUCUAUGUCUACGGCCACAUCUAAACUUGCGCAAUCAGAAUCAUCGACAAUACCCAUCCCUGACUAGCCUAUUGUUGAGAGCCAGCAGCACCGCCAUAUCUGGCGAUGACGAUAUCCUCAACGACGACGACGACAAUGUGAGCCCAGUAGAUGAAGAAUCAGCUGAUGAUAUUAAUAAUGCUGACAAGGAUGAUCAGGAAACCGUAUUGUUGGUACAUCAAUUUGUCGCCCGCGUUCAAGAAUCCAUUCACGAACAAACGUUUUCGUCGUUGGUGUUGAGAGGAGUUCCAAAGCCCCAAAAAGCCAAACCGAAAACAUCCACCACGACAAUGGAAUCGAGUUCGACGCUUGGUUCCACAGCCAAUUCGCUUCGGGGUGUCAUUCGACAAGUCCAAGGACGACUGAUAAUGAGCAAACAGAAAAACACGGAUGAGGUCU